AUGGAGGCUGUGACUACUGUGAGAUUCUGGAGAGACGGAAGAGGUUGGCAUCUACUGCGCAAGAAGCUGCUAAAGAACACUAAAGGCUUUCACAGAAGGAAAGCAAACCCGUUGAUUGCCAUGGAAGUGACAGUUACCAUGUAUACCUCAGUAUCACCUGUCAAGCUAGAAGUCUCCCAGCAACUCGACGGAUACUCACUCAAUGUGCCAUCUCUCAUCGGCCCAUUCUUUCGUACCACGGUGCAACAUGCCAUGCCUGUCAAACUACGAGUCCCCCAUAGCCUGCCGACGUGGAACAGCGAGACUAAACAUGACUCUGCAGAGCGUUAG